ACGCACUUGAUUACGUGAGGUCGUUACCGCACCAGUCAAGACAACACAAGGUCGUCGUAGCAGCAGUUCCCCGCAAACAUGAUGUCUCUUGCUGCCCGGUCAGGGGCAUUCUCCCCUUACAUGCAGGCUACGGCUGUUGCUGUGUCGGGGCCCCUGAAAGCUCUGGUAUCCGGGGUUGUUGUGAAGGGAGAGAAGAUGUUGUUGGACCCGAAAAAACAGUUCCUCUGCCGCGAAUCGCUCAACGGUCAAAGCCCAAAGACAGGGCCUGCUGUGACUGUUAGCAUUAAUGGCUGUGCAGGAGUCCGAUUUGCCCACACAGAUGUCAGGGUACCGGACUUCUCUGACUACAGGCGUCCAGAUGUGCUUGACCCCAACAAGUCAUCCCAGGAGAGCAGUGAAUCCAGAAAGACCUUCUCGUACCUGGUCACCGGUGCCACAACCGUGGUGGGGGUCUACGCUGCCAAGACGGUGGUCACUCAGUUUGUUUCCUCCAUGAGCGCCUCGGCUGACGUCCUGGCCUUGUCCCAGAUUGAAAUCAAGCUGAGCGACAUCCCUGAAGGCAAGAACAUGACCUUCAAGUGGAGAGGCAAGCCGCUGUUCGUCCGUCAUCGCACAGAGAAGGAGAUUGCCACAGAAGCUGGCGUGAACCUGGCAGAGCUGCGCGACCCCCAGCAUGACAAAGACAGGGUCCUCAACCCCAGCUGGGUCAUCGUCCUCGGGGUGUGCACACAUCUGGGCUGUGUGCCCAUCGCCAAUGCUGGCGACUUCGGAGGUUACUACUGCCCCUGUCACGGCUCUCACUACGACGCCUCGGGCCGCAUCAGAAAAGGUCCCGCCCCCCUCAACCUAGAGGUUCCCUUCUACGAGUUUCCAGACGACGACACUGUCCUUGUUGGCUAAAUGCCACUCCUCAGACUGAGCUCUCAUUGUACAACAGCUUUCACUUUGUCAGCAGCAUCUGUAUGAGUGACAUCUUCUGAAUGUAGUGAUGCAUUGGAGGAAAACUUCAGGUGUGAUAAUGCUGUGUUCAUGUCUUGUUUGUUCUGCCAGCUGGGGGAAAUUGUUCACAUCAAUAACAACUGAUUCAUGUGUCAGCGCCAUUAUUUCCCAAACCUGACAGAUGUUGGUAGUCCUCUGAUCACUUUACGUAAAGCUGUUUUUAAAUGCUGAUCAUUUAGACUAUUGGGUCUGAGUUAAAUGGGUGAACCUUUUGGAAGAUGCCAUCCUCUUCUUUUUCUGCUGAUGAAAGUCACGUCAGCACUGCUACCCUUAAGUUAUAAUUCAUUUAAUUAGCAAAGAACAAAUGUUGUGUUCAGGUCUGGUUAAUAAAGAGUUCUAUUUUAUUUGACAACCUGCA